AUGGAACCUCAUAACCACCAUCUUGAUGCUGAUAUCUCUUCAUCUGAAAUCAAUUCUGAACAUUACGGUUGUUCGCACUAUAAAAGGAGAUGCAAGAUCUUAGCGCCUUGUUGCAAUGAAAUUUUCGAUUGCAGACAUUGCCAUAACGAAUCUAAGAAUUCGAUUCAUCUUCAUCCUCAACACCGCCACGACAUUCCUCGCCAUCAAGUUAACAAGGUGAUCUGUUCCUUGUGUAGCACAGAGCAAGAUGUUCAACAAAUUUGUAUUCAAUGCGGCGUUUGCAUGGGUAGAUACUUCUGCUCGAAAUGCAAGUUCUUUGAUGACGAUGUAUCAAAAAAUCAAUACCAUUGUGAUGAAUGUGGCAUAUGCAGAACUGGAGGCAAAGAGAACUUUUUCCACUGUAACAAAUGUGAAUGUUGCUAUUCAUCGUCGAUGAAGGAUUCACACCAUUGUAUUGAAAAAGCAAUGCAUCACAAUUGCCCGGUUUGCUUUGAGUUUCUUUUCGAUACAACGAAAGACAUCACUGUAUUGCCAUGCGGUCACACCAUACAUUUGGAAUGCGUGAGAGAAAUGCAACAGCAUUUCCAGUAUUCAUGCCCUGUUUGUUCAAAAUCUUUUUGUGAUAUGUCGCGUGUGUGGGAGAAAAUGGAUGAAGAGGUUGCAUCAACACCUAUGCCAGAAAUGUAUCAAAACAAGAUGGUUUGGAUUCUAUGCAACGACUGCGGGGAAACAUCUGAAGUAAGAUAUCAUAUUGUGGCACACAAGUGCCUUAGAUGCAAGUCCUACAACACCAGAAAGACACAAGCUGCAUCGUGCUUGUCAUGGAUGGAGGAGAUGGUUAGAUGA